AAAUCCGCUAUAACUAUGGUACAAAGAAAGAGAAGAGAGAAAGAUGAAAAGGGUCAUUUCUUGAGCUCAAAGGGUGUCCAUUUUUGUGCAUUUUUUCAGCUAAAAAUGGACUAAAAAAUUUGCAGAUUUUGAGUUUUUUUAUGUUUUUAUAUAUAUAUAUAUAUAUAGUGGGGUUUUCUUAGUGCAAUUAGUCAUAGAUCCAUAUAUAGAAAGUAAGAACUUAAGAAAAAAAAGUUGGUUUUUUUAGCACACUGAUUUUGUAGAUAUUAAUUUUCUUAUGGCUAUGUAGAAGCAGAUAGUAUAUAGUGGGGGUGGGGUAUCAAGAUAAUUGGUCAUAAGAGAGAGAGUGAGAGAUGGAUUAAGAAAAAGGUGGAUUCUUGAAGUUAAAGGGUGACCAUUUAUCUUCAUUUUUUUGUCUAUUAACAAAAUUGAACUUCUAAAAUUUGCAUAUGUUGGUGAAUUAGUGAUAGAUCCAUAGAUAGAAGGUGUCAAGAAAGUGGUAGAGAUGAAAAAGGUGGAGUCUUGAACUCAAAGGGGGAGGCAGCCAUUUUCUUUGUUCAUUUGCAGAUAUUGAUUUGUAGAGAGUGCUGAUUAGUGUCUUUUGGAAACAGCCUCUCUAUCUUGGAGAGUAGUGGUAAGGUCUGCGUACACUUUACCCUCCCAGACCUCAGGUUUGUUGUUGUUGUUGUUGAUUUGUAGAGAGCUGAAAAAGGUGGAGUCUUGAACUCAAAAGGGUAAUUAUUUUCUUCAUUUUUCAGCAAGAAAUGCAUUGCAUAAUGGGGUUUCAGUGAAAUUAGUGAUAGAGGGGGGAUAAAGUCAAACUGGUGAAGAGGGGUUUUGAUCAAUCUUGAAAUUGAAAUGGAUAGUACAAAAGCAGCAUCAGCAUCAGCAGCACAAGGACCAACACCACCAGCUGAGGAGCUGCUUAAGAAGAUUCAAGAAUUGGAGGCAGGACAUGCUCAAAUGAAGCAUGAGAUGUCUAAGCUUAUGAUGUGUGAUGAUCAUAGAACACAAAGACAAAGGGCACAUUCUAUAUCACCACAGAGACCGCCUCGUAUUCGAGCUGGUGGUGGAUUUGAUGGUGGUUCUGCUGCUGUGUGGAAAAGGGGGUCAAUUUCCUUCCGGCAUUCGUCGCCAUUGCAAAGAGAGAGUAGUAGUAAGGGUGAGGGAGAUGGUAGUAGUAUUGGUGGAGGAGGUCCUGCUGCAGUGAAAUUUACUGAUAGACAGUAUUUGAAUAUAUUACAAUCAAUGGGCCAAGCAGUGCAUAUACUUGAUCUCAAUGGUCAAAUAAUUUAUUGGAAUCGAACUGCUGAAAAACUAUAUGGUUAUUCUGCUGCAGAAGCUCUUGGAAAUGAUCUCAUUGAACUCCUAACAGAUGCUCGGGAUCAUGAUGCUGCUAAUAACAUUGUACAGAGAGUGAUAAGGGGUGAGAGUUGGACUGGACAGUUUCCAAUUAAGAAUAAGCAAGGGGAAAGAUUCCUAGUCGUUGCUACCGAUACCCCUUUUUAUGAUGAUGAUGGUACUUUGCUUGGUGUUAUUUGUAUAUCAAGUGAUAUGAGGCCUUUCCAAGAAUCAGGGCUUAUGUCUAUGGGAGUGAAGCAGUUGGAAGCUGAUACAAGAUUUAGAGCCAGAACCCUUACUUCUUCUAAACUUGGACUUGAUCCACAGCAGCCCCUGCAAGCUGCCAUUGCCUCCAAAAUUUCUAAUUUUGCCUCAAAGGUGAGCAAUAAGGUUAAGUCAAAAAUAAAGACAGGAGAGAGCAGCAUGUUUCGUGAAGGCGGAAGUGGAGAUAGUCAUUAUUCUGACCAUGCAUUUUCUGAUGCUGCUCUCUCAGAUCACAGGGAGGAUGCAAAUUCAAGUGGAGCAAGUACGCCUAGGGGAGAUGUUCUCCCUUCUCCUUUUGGAGUAUUCUCUAAUCUUGUAAAAGUGGAGCAUUCUGGGGAUGAGAGUGAGGGAAAACAAGGCAUUUCUAAGAUUAUCACCUCGAAGGCAGAGGCGUGGAUGGCGAAGAAUAGCUUAUCAUGGCCAUGGAAAGGCAAUGAGCGAGAAGCGUCAGAGUCAAGAACUACACGAUCUGUGUGGCCUUGGUUAAACAAUGACCAAGACAAUGAGUUAAAUCACAUCAACAGUUCUAAUACAGUUAAACCAGAAAAUCAGGUUACUGAAACAUACCGUACAACCACUAAUGAAGCUCCAGGAUCCUGGUCUUCAUUUAAUAUUAACAGCACAAGCAGUGUUAGUAGCUAUGGAAGCACCAGCAGUAGUGCUGUUAAUAAGGUGGACAUGGAUACUGAUUGCCUGGAUUACGAAAUCUUGUGGGAGGACUUGACUAUCGGAGAGCAGAUUGGAGAAGGAUCUUGUGGAACUGUUUAUCACGGGCUGUGGUAUGGAUCAGAUGUCGCUGUUAAAGUGUUCACCAAGCAAGAAUAUUCUGAGGAAUUGAUAUAUUCCUUCAAACAGGAGAUCUCCCUUAUGAAAAGACUUCGACAUCCAAAUAUUCUUCUAUUCAUGGGUGCAGUUACUUCACCGCAACGUCUCUGCAUUGUCACAGAAUUCCUGCCACGGGGAAGUUUGUUCAGGCUAUUACAGAGGAAUGCAUCCAAAUUAGAAUGGAGACGACGAAUCCACAUGGCUUUAGACGUAGCUCGUGGCAUGAAUUAUCUUCAUCAUCUUACCCCUCCUAUAGUUCAUCGCGACUUGAAGUCUUCAAAUCUUCUUGUGGACAAGAACUGGACUGUGAAGGUUGGGGACUUUGGUCUGUCACGUCUUAAACAUGAAACAUAUCUAGCAACAAGGACGGGUAAAGGAACGCCUCAAUGGAUGGCUCCAGAAGUUCUUCGCAAUGAACCUUCAGAUGAGAAGUCUGAUGUAUACAGUUUUGGAGUGAUCCUAUGGGAACUCGCCACGGAGAAAAUCCCUUGGGAUAACCUCAACACAAUGCAGGUGAUUGGAGCUGUAGGAUUCAUGAAUCAGCGGCUAGAUAUCCCAAAGGAUGUUCAUCCACAAUUGGCGUCUAUUAUCGAGAGUUGUUGGCUCAGUGAGCCACAAUCUCGUCCUUCAUUCCAAGAGUUGAUGGAAAAACUUAAGGAUCUGCAGAGACAGUACGUUAUUCAGGCACAGGCAGCACGUAGCACUGCAGGAGAUAGCAGCCAGAAGGAACAGUAAACACAACAAACAGACGUAUAUGGUUGAGUUUCAUCUGCUGAUUGCUAACUGUUCAAGAUUUUAUGGCUGUCGCAUGAAAGUUGGUCGGUCAGAGCUCACAAACAGCUUGUGUUGUCGGAUCCUACAUUCAAAGGCUAAAUGUUAGGCUUGCAGUUAAUUCAUUACAAAGAAAUCUGAUGAAGAAAACGAAGCUCCCUUUAUUCGAGUCAAGUUGGUAAUAGUCAUUUACUGCCCUACGUGAGUCUUGACAUGAUUCUUGUUCGAUGAAUUCACAGUUUGCAUUGGUUUGUUAUCUUUUUAUGAAGUGAAUUCGUCUUCAAAUCGUUGUGGGUUUUACAAGGUUACAACAUUCAAAUAUUUGUAUAUUGAAUGAGAAAUUUGCAUCCCAGGUGGUAUGUUUCAAGUCAUUGAUUUUCUUCUUGUA